ACAUAUUUGAACAUUCAAAUUGGUAUUAUAUAUCAGGUCUGUUCAAUGAAAAAGUCACACAAUAUGGCACGUGUCAUUGUGAUCCAUUGUUUGUGUCUGAUACUUAGUGGAGAAAUGGGAUCCUUGCAUGGAGUGUAUGGAAGACCUAAUGUGUCACCGCCACAGGUCAAUGUCACGGUGACAGAAAACAAAGAUGCCAUUCUCCCAUGCUCUGUGAAUCACCUUGGAGAGCUCAUUGUAUGGAAAAAGGAAGGCUUAUUACAGCCACUCACUGUGGGCAAUUUUGUGUUCACUGAUGAUGAGCGUUUGUCCACAGCCUGUGAACUCAAGGGCCAGGACACCAAAUGUUCCCUCAAGAUUAACAGGGUAUCUGUGGAUGAUGCUGGCAUCUACUUCUGUGAAGUUUCAACAAAUACUGAUGUUCAUCUGAAACAUCAAAUACGUCUUAAUGUAGAAGAUAACAUUCAGAUUGGUAUUACAUAUCAGGCCUGUUCAUUGAAACAGUCACACAACAUGGCAAAUAUCAUUGUGUUCAUUUGUUCUUGUCUCAUACUUGGUGGAGAAAUGGGAUCCUUACAUGGAGUUCAGGGAAGAAUGUAUGAGUUACCAAGUUUUAACACAACACAUGUCAAUGUGACGGUGAUAGAAAACAAAGAUGCCAUGCUCCCAUGUUCAGUGGAUCUAGAUAGAGGGCUCAAUGUGCUCUGGCAAGAUCCAGAGGGAUUUAUUUUAACCUAUAAUGAAAGAAGAGUUAUAGACAGCAAUCGGUUCAGCAUACCAAGGCUUACUUAUACAGACUGGAGUUUAUACAUUGAUGAAGUCAAAUUGUCUGACCAGGGAAGUUACAAGUGCUCUAUAGGCCCCAACCCUGUGCUAAUGAAAGUGGUUAGUCUUCAUAUAAAGGUUCCUGCAAAAAUAGUGUCAAACAGGUCAAGUCCCAUACUCCAAAAGGUGAAAGAAGGUGACACAGUCAUACUGACCUGCAAUGUCACAGGUCAGCCAACACCAAAGGUCAAAUGGUAUAGAAGAGAGGUCACAGAAUCUGCCGAUGCAAAAAAGAAGGCCAUUGAGAUAGACAGUGAAGUCAUGAUCAUCCACAAUAUCUCCAGGCAUUCUGAUGGUAUCUAUGAGUGCCAGGCCCAUAAUGGAGUAGGAACAUCAGCCUCAAGACUGAUGAGUGUUGAGGUGGAAUAUGGAUUUCCCCCACGUAUACGCUUGCCUAACCUUAGAAUUGGCCAAUCUGUUGGCAAAGACACUAUUCUUGAGUGCCUUGUUACUGCAAAGCCAUUAUCCAUAAUCUACUGGAUGUAUAAGGGGAAGGAGACCCAAACCUCCUCUAAGUACAGUGUGGUUAUUUACAAUGAAGGUCGUGAUGCAAUAGGCCUCAGUUUGAGAAUACAUGACCUCACAGAAGAAGAUUUUGGAGAAUAUACCUGUAUUGCCAAAAACCAUUUUGGGUCAGUGAAAGGGUCUUUGACAGUAUAUGAAAAUGCAGAUACAAGAAAAAUUGAACCAAUAAACCCAAAAAAUGAGAGCCCAGCUGUACUUGGUGCACCAGAGAUCAAUAUGACAGUGCUAGUCAACCAAGAUACUGUGCUGCCAUGCUCUGUCUAUUACCUGGGAGAGCCAAAUGUGUAUUGGGUAGGGCCAGAUGAGAACUUGUUAACCAUGAAUGAUGUAGUAUUUUCAGCCAACAAGCGCUUCAGUAUUCUGAGGCCUUCUAUAAGAGAUUGGAAUUUACGCAUUGAUGCAGUCAAAGAGACUGAUCAUGGAACUUACACAUGUGGCAUACGUUCCAAUCCUUCACUUAAAAAAGUGGUCAGACUUUAUGUUAAAGGUGAACAUAUUUAAGGUUUGUUCGCAUCAAUCUCUUAAGUAAAGUGAUAGUGUAUUUGCUUAUAAAGAAAAGCCCAGCAAGUCUCAGUACAUGUUACAUGUGUUGUUGUGUAUAAAUAAUAUGUUUACAUAAUCACGUCUUAUAAAAUAUCUAAUAUUAACAACAAUUGGUUAGAUUUUUAUGAAAUAAGAGAAACCUUUCUUAAAAAUUAAUUUGUCUUUACAGAUAUAGCACCCCACAGAAGAUUCAUACCUAACAAAUGUCACAACAACAGCAAUACACUUUGUGUUCCUAGUUUCAUUUAUAAUGUAUAGAGAUUGUAAGCUGGGAUGAAAUUCCCAGCAGCAAAAACAAAUGAGUGCUUCCUAAAAUGAGCUGUAUAACAUAUCAAGUAUGUAUUACCAUUUUGAAUAUAAAUAUGUGUGUGUUAACUUCUCGUUCAGACCCUCAUCACAAGCCAUAACUUAUUAAACACAAUCAGAGGUCACAUACCACAAUGGCAGUUUUCACACCAUAGUCUUUAGAUCUCCGCAUAUCACAAUCAUCACAACAACAGCAAUUAUGUUCAACAGGAAUCAGAUUCUUGUAGUUUUGCUUGUUGGUGUAUGGUUCAUUUCCCAGGUCUAAAAUGCAGUCUUUUCUGCUUCCCACUAACAAGUGGAAAAAUCUUUUAUGACCCUUUUCACAAAAUAAUUUAUCAAAUGGUUGAUCAAUGACAGAAUGGAAUAAAGAUCAGGUGCAGUUGGAAUCUAUUUGUAAAGGCUAAAUAACAGAAUAACUAGGCAGAUUAUUUGAUUACGAUGUCCAAUCACAGAAAGUUAGUCUAAUCACUCUGUUAUUCUAUGUAUUGCCAUGGUAAUCAAGUUAACUUGCACGCUCUGUUCAGUUAAGGGGAUGAUAAGAAAUGAUAAUCACUCAGUCAUCACUUAGGUGGUAUGUUACUACUGUAAGUGAAGUUAUCACAACUGCACUGUAAAUGCAUUAUCAGUUUAGUUUCCGGUACUAUAAGUUGUAGUAGUCAAAUAAGUAGUGUAUACACAAGCAAAUUUCAGUGAAUUCAGCUUUUUUAUGUGGGCUACUACUGAUUAUUUCUAGGUUAGUGUACACUAAAACUUUCAACGCCUAAGUAUUGAAUCAAACUUUUCACAUUGAGUUUUAUUUUUUUGGACUCCUUUUGCAUCGAGGGGUAUAUUUUAGUGAUACAUUCAGUGCCAGUAUACUUUGAAAGAAUGGCAACUUUUGAAAUAACCUAUACUAUUUCAUAAGAGAGCCACCUAAAUGGAGCUUCAAUGCUUGACAAGGUCAAUUAAUUAACUAAAUUGCAUGAAGCACAUUUGUGCAAAAUUUGUGAAAGGGACCAAAACC